UUUAACAUUUGUUUUUAAAUAUAAAGAAUGACUAAAACACUGACUAAGCACCAGGAUGUUGCUCAUGCUGUCUGAUCGUUGACAUUAAUCGGCGAAGCAUGCUACCAACCAGAGAGGCGAUCCCUGGUGUUCCGUCCAACCAGAGCGUGCGGAUCGCUAGUGGGCUGGGACUUAUGGGACGCUAAAGGAACGACAAACGCCUACAAUUUCGAGCGUUUUUCAGUGUCGGGUGGAGUCUACAUCCUCUUAUCAUCUCUGCGGAAAGGAUUGCCGAAACCCAGAUUUUUAUAGUCUUAGAAAUUAGCUAUUAGUCCUUGCAAAAGGCAACUGUAUUCCAUCCCAAAGAUGACGACGACAUCGACCUUUCAAGGAUUGGAACCCGGUGCGAAAAGCAGUUCAAGGGUACUGCGACCACCGGGCGGGGCCUCAAACAUCUCAUUCGGCACGGAUGAGGAAUCCACCCCCCGCAAAAACAAGAUGGCUUCCAACAUCUUUGCAGAGCCUGAUGACCCCCACGCCCAUCGAAGGAACAACCCACCCACCGGAGCCCCUCAGGGCACCCUGUGCGGUGAGCCCUCUGCGCCUCUGAGACGGUGCCAGCAGCCCCUCCUCUUCCCCAAGAAUCCGGAACCAGAGCUCACCACCAUCCACAACUCCGGAGCCGCACUGGUCUGGAACCAGAGACGGGAGGGGGAGAAUGGCAAAGACCAGGCAAGCGAAGACUGUCCCGAUGAGGUUGAGGGGGAGAGCGAGGAGCAGAAGGAGAGACCACAGCCCCCCGCCCCGUCGGGAGGUGCCAACGCCAAUCCCGGGGCAGCCAACGGAGGGCGGAGAAACCCUCCAGGUGGCAAGUCCAGCCUCAUCCUGGGUUGAACGAUGCAACACACACACGACUUUCUAUUCUCCAUUGGAACGCUUUUUUUAUUUUUAUUUUUUCAAAGAUGAAUUACCCCACACUCUUCCUCUCCAUUGCCCAGUUCCCCACCCCCCCCCUCUUGCUCCACAUGCACUCGCCUUGUUAUGACCCUUGACCCUCCCACACUUAAUGUCUCCCAUCAUCCCAACCCCUUUGUUUUGGUUCUUUUUCUAUUAAAAAAUAAAAAAACAACUUGUUGACAAAAGCACUUUAUGUAUCUCUGCCCCCCUCAACCUUCAUUUCAGCCCAUCCUGUAGUGCACCGCGCCUGCUGGGAAAGGCAUGAUGUCUAGCUUAUCUCUCUCGCUAUCCUCCCGCCCUCUCCUCCGUUAGCCCCUCCCUGUAAAUGGUCAAGGGAAAAAAAGUAACUUAAGAGGGGGGGGGAAAUGAGAUUUGAUGCGUGGAUUUCUAACAAUAAAGAUUGAUAUCGAUUUGCUGGUCCAUUGGUCGUGUUUUUGAGGAGAAGACUUGGCAGAAUGUACACUGACAAUAUAUUUUUGUUUGUACAAAUGGGUGCACUACAGAAUUUUAUGAUUUAUGAUAUUGUGGUAGCAGGCUAGGUUUAGUCUUGUUCUUUUAGUUAUCGUAUUACAGUUCUGUUUCUGGUUGCAAUUUAGAGGGAAAUUAUUCUAGUAGUCGUCUUUCCCUUUUUAGUGUUAUGGAUAGUUCUUCAAAAGUCAACUGAUCAAAUUUGUUCAGAAAUCAAUUGGGGCAUCAGGGGCGAUUCUAGGAUCUGACUUUUCGUACCCCAGGAAGCCACAGGGGUAUAUGAAGUAUAUAAACGAUUUUGAAUAUCGUAGAUGUGAUAUCCUGCAUUCUGCUGAACUUUAGGUUGACCUGGUGGAGAUCCUUAAUUUAUUCUGGUGGGGGGUAAAUCUAUCAAUCCAACACAUUGUAUAUUUUUGAACAGUGCUGUUUUAUUGUCAGAAAAGCAAAGACCUUUUGUAACAGUUGAAUCUCAGUUCAACUCGUACCAAUGAGUAUUUCAUCCCAGAGGAAAGGAUUAAACACAUUUUGGCUAGUCUCUAGCUCUUAAAGAGGAAAUAAAUAGUUUAAUGGUAACUUUAGACAACACAUUUGUAAAUGAAGUAUGUAUUAUAUUAUCCGUGAUUUGCAUUUUUCUCCUGUCCAAGAUUUUCGUAGUUACUAUGCUGUUGCAUGUCUCAGCCAAUAGAUGGCACCCAGUGUCAGCUAAAUAAUGCAGUUCUGAACCGCUAAAGUGUUGAAAGGAAAAAAUACUGUUUGGAUGAAGGAAUAAUGAAAUGGAUGUGAACUGUAUGAACAAAUUUGAGCUAUAUUUAAUAUCCUUUGGGUAAUUUUCACUCAAAAAUGACCAUAUUUCCCCCUUUUUAUUUUAUUUAAACACAUACUGAAACCCAUUGGUUUUCAAAGUAUACUAUAAAUGGUAAAUAUGGAAACUUCAAAACAAAUAUUGUUUUAUUGAUAUCGGAAUAUUGUAUCAGCAUACAUUUUUACAAGACUUGUUAUGCAAGAAAAUCUACAAGUAGGCCUACAACAUACAUUAAUAUGAGAAACUGACCAUUAUUUCAGGAGAACUAAACUAUGUCGCCUCACUUUCAUGGACCCAUACAAUUUUAUAAAUUGUAUCAACAUUAGUGAUGGAUUCAAUGAUUCUUUUCCUUGAUUCAAUUCGCGUCGGUCAGUUCGCCAAGAAGAGUCGUUCAGAAUCGUUCAUUCGUUCGUUCAGUCGAGUUUCCGGUAGCGGUGAAUCGAAUCAUGGAAUGCACGGUUCUCAGCUGAGUCAGUCAGACUCAGCUCCAACCUCGUUCUCAAUCUCAAACGAUCGUGGAAGUCGGUCAUCAAUCAACAUUACAACUUUAACCAAACUCAGCGGGAUGGGGAAGGAUGUAGUUGAUCAUUGGAUGUUUAAAAUAUCAGCAAGACAAUAGACUUGAUUUAGCAAUGAUGGUGGGGGUCCCUGGAACGAACCAUGAAAGAACGAGACAGAUUGACGAGACAUUUAAAUAUUUGAUUAAUCUGGCAUGACAAAGAAAGUACAAAGACAGCGUGCAUUAACCAUUUCACUGAUAUUGAAUCGUAUCAUCGUAUGCUCGCUCACUAAGCCUCUUCCCCCUUCACCACUCACAGUCAGUGAACGAACAGCGAGUCAGCGACUAGUGGGUGGUCUGGGAGGAGUCGAGUCUGAGAACGAACGAGACGAACGAGAGACAAGAAUCAGUUUGGUUCGUUAAUGUUAAAGAUUCGUUCAUUCGAACUGAUUCGGUCGCUAACAGCAGCAGACUCGAUGACGUCACCACCUCUGCUCGUCCGUUAAAUGUGCUACGGCCUCAUUUAGGCAUAUACUACUGAACAAUAUAAACAAAUUAUAUAAAACAAAAUCCCAGCCUCUUUCAUUUUCAAAUAGUAUGUAAAUAUUCUGAAUGAAUAAAAAUUGAAAAGA